AGCUGAGCUGCUCCUCGGUGAACUUGAAGCGCUUUGUUUUAUCAACUGAUGCGCGCUGCACCUCUGUCCGGCUUUCACCUCCGUUGCCAGCACUGAAAAAAAGAUGCGCCUCGACAUGAGUCUCCUUCAGAUCCUUGCUGUGCUCUUCCUGCCUGGAGCAUGGGGUCAGAGCAGCAGCGGCAGGCUUGGUGUGGUGGUGGAGGCCAAGAACAUCACCCUCCCUGCAGGGUCCAAGGCUGUUCUUCCCUGCCACAGCCCCCGCAUGGUGUGGACCCGGGACAGACUGAAGGACCGUCAGAGGGUGGUGCACUGGGACUUGGUCCGCAGCAGCCCAGAGUAUUCUGUGGAGCGAGUCCUGGACAUGUCUCCUGGAGCACGCCAGAGGGUCUACAAUGGCCUCAACAAGGGACGCAUUUCCAUCCCAGACUCUGCGUUCAAUGAUGGCAACUUCUCCCUGAUCAUCAACAAUGUGGUCACAACUGACAAAGGAGUUUAUACGUGUAAUCUGCACCAUCACUACUGCCAGAUCCACCAGUCCGUUCAAAUCCAGCUCAAUGUCACUAAGUCAGCUCGGAGAGAGAAACGUUACUGGGACGGAGAGAAGACUGUGUUCGUGGUCUUGCUAGGCAGCUCGGUGGCGCUGCCCUGUGUGAACCGGCGCCCCCUGUGGAGAGAGGGUCUCCAGGAGGACCAGCAGCAGGUGGCUCACUGGGACUUCCAGGCCCCCGGAGUGCGUCCCGACAGAGCUGACCGCCUGGUGGACCUCUACGCCUCCGGAGAGCGCCGGGAUUAUGGCCCGCUCUUUGCCCAGAGCAAGAUGAGCGUGGCGGAGGAUGCUUUUACUUUGGGGGACUUCUCACUGUCCAUCUCUGACCUGAGGCCUGUUGAUAAAGGCCUGUACUCCUGCCACCUGCAUCACCACUACUGCGGCCUGCAGGAGAGACGCAUCUUCAGGCUCACGGUGGGACCUCCACUUCCGCCCGGCCCCACUACAGAGCCCAAAACUUUCCAGAAUGACGUGCCAGAACCAAGGACUGAGGAAGUGGAGAGCCCCCGUGUGGUGAACGUCAUCCUCCCUGAGCAUCGGGGUUACUUCGUGCAGCAUUUGGGCUACUUCCUGGCAACCUUCUUGCUGCUGGCGGUCAUCGUUGUCGCUGUCAUUGUUCUCACUCGACGACGCAAAAACAGAGGUCAGGAGUAUGAGCUGCGAAGAUCUGAUCGGGGGCAUGUGAUCAGUGGAGGUGAAAUGUCAUUAGACUGCACAGAGCUGAAGACCUGCAACCAAGAACCCCUGAAUUCAGACUACAAAAACAACCUACUGAAAGAGAGAGGUAUGACCAAAGACUGCAAUACGGACUUUGAUGGGAAGCUGUGGAAGUGAGUGCGAUAUUUGUGAGAUGCUGCUGGCAGGUCCAGGGCAAACACCAGAAGAGUAAAGGAGCGUGGAGAGAAGGGAGAAUAAAGAGGAAACCCAGGAGAGGACAGGAGGAAUGCUUCCUCUGCUGUAACUCUAGCACACUAAGCUUUUUCUUUAAAAGCCACCACCAUUUUUUACAUGUUAUUUUUUAUAUAACUUUCACCAGCUGUUAUAACAAUACGUAUAUUUGAUCCUUACACUUUGUGCUCAUUGGUUGUUUGAUAUUUUGCUUUUUUUCAUCCUUUUACAUUUUUUUUGUUGUUUUUAAAAGUGCAUGCUGUUUAUUAAAGUAUGUUGUGUGUGUACUUUGCAUGCUUACAGAGCUGCGAGCUCACGGCUCUUUUCUACUCUUGAAUUUGAUAAUUUUCUUUUUUUUCCCCCAAACACUAAUUCUGCUGUACCAUCGUUUGUAAAGGUUUCAUCAUGUUUCAGUGGUAAAUUUACUGUAUGUAGACAGUUUCAGACAGAGUUUGGAAACAAAAUGCCACACAUUUCUAGCUAUACAUAAUAAGACAUUUUCAACAGAUCAUGGUACUUCUUUACAAAAUGCAACUGUGGUGACAAAAUGCAAAAAAAGCCCUUUUUUAUUCUAUAUAUAGACUUAAAUUCUCUGAAUAAUGUUCCUUUACCAAAUGGACUUAAACAGCCUCUUGGAAUAGAUCUGUUCAUUGAUAAUAAUGAAAUUGUAGGACCAUGGACUAAAGGCUCAGUCUACUGAAACUCAGGAAAAAGAAAAAAAUCUUUAGCCAUUUAUUUGGUUUUUAAUGGGCUGUGCAGUACUUGUUUGCAUCAAGCAUGUACAAUGUACCCUGGUUUAUAAAACACUGAAUUUUUAUUACUAAAUCUGCUGGUCAAUGAUGUGUCAUAAACUGUGUGGCUAUAGCUCUGUGAGGUUUAGUGCAGGAAGAAGAGCGUCUACUGUCUCAGUAAUGUUAAAUCACAAACUGUAACUCCAAGCUUUGCCUCUUCUUGCUCACUCGCACACACUCGUAUGUUGGUCUCCUUUAAGAAAAGAUUCUUCUAUUAAAGAUUCACAACAGUGGCCACAGACUCAUCAAUUCACCCACAGAGCUGGUGUUCGGAUGAUUAAGGGACUGUGAUAUGAUCUGAUAAUGUAUCAGCUGCCUGCAGAGUUUUGAGGAUUUGGAGUAGAGCUACAACGAUCAAUCGAUUAAUCACUAGUUGUCAACUAUUGAACUAAUCGCCAACUGUAUAAUUGAUUAACUAGAAUUUUUUUUAAGGAAAAAAAAAUCAAAAUUCUCUGAUUUCAGCUUCUUAAAUGUGGA